ACUGUCAAACAAAAACACUUGUUGUUUUUCCUGUCCGCUGAAACAGGAUCCAACAAGUUUGGAGACGAUAUAAGACGGGCCGGCUGGACCUCUGCACCUUUUUGAAGACGAUGAGGGCUGUUGGUUUGCUGCUGCUGCUGCUGCUCAGUGUGUGUGGGUCAGGAGCUCAGAGGGAGGUUCAGGAGAUGGCUCCAAGAGAUCCAGCUGAGGAACCGACCGAGCAGACAACACCUGACAUCUGGGCAGAGGUGAGGGCUCUGAGAGACAUGGUGGUGGAGCUCAACGUACACAUGGGGCUGCAGCAGAGAGAGAAAUCAGACUUGCAGAGUGAACUUCUCAUCAGCAAGUCGAGGAUUGACCAGCUGGAGAGACUAAAUGCAGCAGCAUCAAAGGUGGCCUUUUACACAGCUCUGACCAGUGCAGGAUACGUUGGACCAUUCAACUCAGACAUGACACUGAAAUACAACAAAGUCUUCACCAACAUCGGCAGUGCUUACAGUCCAUCUACAGGUGUGUUCACAGCACCAGUCAGAGGGGUCUACUACUUCCAGUUCACUCUGUGUGGGAACCACACAGGUCUCAUGGGUGUCUAUGUGUACAAGAACAACCAGAGGAUCAUGUAUAAUGUGGAGUGGAAGGAGGAGACACUUUACAAGUAUUUCACUAACUCUGUUGUCUUGGAGCUGGUGAAAGGAGAUAAAAUCAACCUGGUUCUUCCAUCGACCUAUUCUCUUUUUGAUGACGGAGACAACCACAGCACCUUCAGUGGCGCCCUCCUCUUCACACUGUGAGGAUGUCCUUGAGGCUGAUUGAUUAAUCACACACUCUAUCCUUAUUGGCUACACUGUGAUGUACAACAUGACUUCUGUCUUGUUUUUAUCACGUAAAAAUAACAUCCAAAUAAAUCAAAGACUCAUCGA